UUGUUUUCUUCGGGGGAUUCGCGCCUGUGACGCGCGCGUGACGCCUCGCGGCCCCGGGGUCACACUUUGUUCUUUUUGUUUUGGACUUUUUUGAAGCGUGCGCUCGUGCGCGUGGCGCUGACCUCUCGUGCUGACCUCUCGUGCUGACCUCUCGUGCUGACCUCUCGUGCUGACCUCUCGGGGCGCGCGCGGCGCUCGUGCGUGUGGAUGUUCGGCCUGAUGCUGGAGCCGGAGCUGCAGACGGCGGUGCGCGCGCACAGGUCAGACCCGGAGGCGCACGCGGGGCCGCAGCCCGGGGCCGGCGGGGGGAAAGUGUCCGCGGAGCGGAUCAAGAGGCCCAUGAACGCCUUCAUGGUCUGGUCCCGGGGCCAGCGCCGGAAGAUGGCGCAAGAAAAUCCCAAAAUGCACAACUCCGAGAUCAGCAAACGUCUGGGCGCGGAGUGGAAGCGCAUGACGGAGGCGGACAAGCGGCCGUUUAUCGACGAGGCGAAACGUCUGCGCGCGAUGCACAUGAAAGAACAUCCGGACUACAAGUACCGGCCCCGCAGGAAGACCAAGACUCUGCUCAAGAAGGACAAGUACUCUCUGGCGGGAAACCUGCUGUCCGCGGGCGCGUGCCAGCGCCUCGAGAGCCCCGGGGCCGCGGGCCACGCGGCGUACGCGGUGAACGCGGUGAACGGCUGGAGCGGCGGCUCGUACCCGGGGCACGUGGCCGUGAUGCACGAGGCGCAGCUGUACGCUCACCCGCACCACGCGCACGCCAGCCCGCAGCACGUGCACCGCUACGACAUGAGCGCGCUCUCGUACAGCCCGGCGCCGCACGCGCAGGGCUACAUGAGCGCGUCCCCGCCGGGCUACGGAGGCCUCACCGGAUACACGCACGCGCACCCGGGUCAGAGCGCGUCUCCGGGCGUCAAACACGAGCCCAGUGCGAGCCCGCCCGCCUCCUCCGCCGCCCGCGCGCCCUGCUCCGCGGGAGACCUGCGGGACAUGAUCCGCGUGUACCUGCCCCCCGCGGAGCACGCGGACCCUCUGCCCAGACUGCACGCGCUGCACCCGCAGCACUACACGAGCGGCGGCGCGGCGAGCGGCACCGUGCCGCUCACGCACAUUUGA